UUUCGAACUAAUUCUUCUACAACUUCUUAACUCAUACAUCUCAUAUACAUAAUAAACAGCAGAAGACUUGAGAAUAUAGUAAAAUGGCUGAUAACGACCCCACACCCGAACAAGAAGCCGCCACCCGCGCCAAAGAGGCCGAGGAACAGGCAGCCUUACCAUACAAAUGGAACCAAACCAUCGCCGAUCUCGACAUCAACAUAACCGUGCCUGGAAACCUUAAAGGCCGGGACAUUAUCGUCGAAAUCAAGCGACAGAAGCUAAAGGCAGGGAUCAAGGGGCAAGAACCUGUCAUCGAUGGCGACCUCCCCCACGCAAUCUCAACCGAAGACUCAACCUGGACGCUAACCUCGGCGCCCGACGGAACCAAAACCGUCGAAAUCCACCUCGACAAAGCGAACAAAAUGGAAUGGUGGGCCCACGUAGUAACCUCCGCGCCCAAAAUCGACGUCACCAAGAUUCAACCUGAUAACUCGAAGCUCAGCGAUUUAGACGGCGAGACGCGGGGUAUGGUUGAGAAGAUGAUGUACGAUCAACGACAGAAGGAGAUGGGCCUGCCUACGUCGGAGGAUCAGAAGAAGGCGGAUAUAUUGAAGAAAUUCCAGUCCCAGCAUCCGGAGUUGGAUUUUAGUAAUGCGAAGAUAAAUUAGGUAGGGUUUAUUGGCGGAGGACAGGAAAAAUAAAUCAGUAAAAAAUAUGGAAAUUCUAGGGAAUGCGUGAUAAGACUGGCAAUGGUCAGUGAGCAAAGCGCAAAAAUUAUAAAAAGUAUCAAGGCAAAAAGAGUUCACGAAGGAUACGAUUGAAGGCAUUCGAAUUACUAGCUACAUGUGAACAAGACACGAGAAAUGGAAUUGAAAUGUACAGGGUGAAACGAAUCGCCAAAACCACGGAAGCUCAAUCAAAAACCAAGCCAUUGGUAACGGCGUCAGAGAGCCCUGUUUUCAUUAUUUCGAUGUUGGAAUCGCUAGUAAUGGCAUAGCAGAUGACAGCCGCUACGCAUCAAUUGUCAGAUUAAUAAGCGUUCCGUCCCAAAGUACCUAA